UUACAAUCCCGUUUUUCUAAACCCAGAGAAACGUACAACAUUAGUUGCAUAAUGUACAACUAAAAGAGAUUAUUAAAAGUUCCAAAUCUCAUCUAGCCCCUUUCAUUUUGCUACCAUCUUACCACUACCCUUCAUGAUAUUAACAACAGGCAGGUUUUACUCCUCACAGGUAUAUAAAUCUCUCACAUUCGACCAUCAAAUCAAAGAAACCCAUCUAAAUGCUUAAUUUGAGGGUUAGAUGUUUUUGAACCUCCGCCGUAAAAUCUUUCACAGAUUUCCCUUUCACUACAGGCAUGAAUAUUUUCAAGCAUCUACUCUCAUCACAAUCAGCUCGCACACGUGUCUGCACAUCUUAUAGAGCAUCGUUUUCCUUCUUUCAUUUCUCCUCGGAUGCUUCAAUACAAGUCCAUUCUCCAGAACAGGAAGUAGUAAUAGCUUUAGGUAGCAAUGUGGGUGAUAGGCUUAAUAACUUUAACGAAGCCUUAACUCAAAUGAAGAAAUCGGGCAUAGAAAUAACAAGACAUGCGUGUUUAUACGAAACCGAGCCGGCUUACGUGACCGACCAGCCUCUUUUUCUCAAUUCAGCCAUCAGAGGCGUUACAAAGCUGGGCCCGCAUGAGCUACUAUCAACCCUCAAGAAAAUAGAAAAAGAAAUGGGCCGAACCAAAGGUAUUAGGUACGGCCCGCGACCCAUUGACUUAGAUAUACUGUUUUAUGGUAAAUACAGAAUUAACUCGGAGAUUCUCACGGUUCCACAUGAAAGAAUCUUCGAGAGGCCGUUUGUUAUGGCUCCGUUAGUUGACUUAUUGGGGUCGGAUAUUGACGAUGAUACUGUUCUACGCUGGCAUUCUUUCUCGAAAAACGGACUUUUUGAAUCUUGGGAAAAAUUAGGUGGAGAAGCUCUGAUAGGCAAAGACGGGUUAAGAAGAGUUUUACCGGUCAAUAAUCAGUUAUGGGAUUGGUCAAAGAGAACUUCUGUCAUGGGAAUCUUGAACUUGACUCCCGAUAGUUUUAGUGAUGGAGGAAAGUUUGACUCUGUGGGGUCCACUAUAUCGCGUGUUAAGACCAUGAUAUCCGAAGGGGCUGAGAUUAUCGAUCUCGGAGCUCAAUCCACACGUCCAAUGGCAACGAAGAUCUCUGUCGAAGAAGAACUCGAUAGGUUAAUCCCCGUUCUCGAAAAGAUUCUCGAAUUACCCGAAAUUGAAGGAAAACUGCUAUCGAUCGACACGUUUUACUCAGAAGUUGCUUUAGAAGCAAUUAAGAAAGGGGCUCAUAUAAUCAACGAUGUAUCGGGCGGAACGCUAGAUUCCGAUAUGUUUCGGGUAGUUGCUAAUCUCAGUGUUCCAUAUAUCGCUAUGCACAUGAGAGGGGACCCGUCCACUAUGCAAAACAGUGAGAAUUUGAAGUAUGACGAUGUUUGCAAAGAAGUUGCUGAUGAGUUGUAUGAGCGUGUAAGAACUGCAGAGUUAUGCGGCGUGCCCGCAUGGAGGAUGAUUCUUGACCCAGGGAUCGGAUUUUCAAAGAAAACCGAAGAUAAUUUGGAUAUUUUGAUGGGAUUGAAGAGGAUUAGGAGCGAGAUUGGGCGCAAGAGCUUAGGGGUGUCACGUGCACCUUUGUUAAUCGGUCCUUCAAGAAAGAGAUUUUUGGGGGAGAUUUGUGGCCGCGCUUCUGCUGUUGAGAGAGAUCCGGGGACUAUCGCUGCUAUUACGUGUGCGGUUUUGGGUGGUGCUAACGUUGUUCGUGUUCAUAAUGUUGGAGAUAACGCGGACGCUGUUAAGCUUUGUGAUGCAAUGUUGGAUCGGGUAGGAAGAUCUUAACAGCUUUUUGAAAUCUGAUGUGGGUUUUGCAACAAAGGAUUAUUUUCAUGUGAACUUGAGUUUGAAUUUUAUAUUUCAGUAAUACAAAUGGAGUGGAACGUUUCGUUGUAAGAAACAAGCGUAUCGAGGAGAAGAUCGUGAAGGUCAACAAAAGCCAUUCCCGUGGGAAGCACAGCAGUCAACGCCAUUAGUACAUUCAUUUUAACUUUAAAAGUGUUGUAACGUGCUGAAAUUGAUAAAUUACAAAAAAGAAGAACGUGUCUGGUGGUUCGAUUUCCGAUCUGCUUUUGAGGCGAUGGUGAGUUUUGAUGUGUAAAUUUUCUUUGCCUUUUCAUUCCUCAUAAGGUCUGAACCUACAUUGAUCUGAAUGUCUGUUACAACAUUAAUACCAAAUUUUCAAUUUUCAAACAA